AAAUAGCUUGCCUUGAUGCUGUCAGUUCCCUCCCACUGGUGGGAGGGAGGAUGGGGUUGGUCUCAUCUGUUUGAAUCUAACCACCCAGGAAGCAAGCCCUGUAGGAGUGAAUUGCCUCUCCCCCAGGAUGCCUUUUACCACAACUCCACAGGAACUUCUGCAGCUGUUUUGUUUUCCCAAGGACUGAAGCUCUUCUACCUGUUAGAGUUGCCCUUCUUAAGAAAUCACAAAUUCCUUAUGCCAAGCUUAUCAGCAUCCAUGGACCAUCUUGCCAAUGAAGGCAAUUUUAGGAGAAUGUUUUCAAAUAUGUAUGGGAUCUCAGCUUUCAAAUUCCAGCCCAGGAGGGAGAGUGUGGAUUGGAGGCGCUUAAGUGCUAUCGAUGUGGAUCGGGUAGCUCAGGAGCUGGAUGUGACCACCUUACAGGACCACAUCACUGGAGUCACUUAUUGCAAUCUGGACUCAGAGAGAUGUGCCUAUUGCCAGCAGCCCGUGGACCCUGUACUCCUCAAAGUUCUCAAAAUGGCCCAGCUCAUCAUUGAAUAUUUGUUACACUCUCAGGAUUACCUGAGUGCCAGUAUAGUCUCUUUAGAGGAGAAACUCCAGUCUACACUGGAGCAGCAGGAACAGACUGAACGGAAGCUGGGCAAACAAGCAGAGGAACUGAAGGGAGUAAAAGAGGAGAGCCGGAGGAGAAAGAAGAUGCUCAGCAUGCAGCAGCUACUGAUACAGGCUGGCGCCAACAGCUAUCACAAGUGCCAUUUGUGUGACAAGGCUUUCAUAAACAACUCUUACCUUCAAGGUCAUAUCCAGCGAAGACAUGUUGAAGUCAAGCAAUCUGAAAAACAAAAGCAACAAAUGCAAGACAUGGAAGAUGGAAUAGAAGAACUGAGGGAAAAGCUGAAGAGGACCCAGUUGCAGCUGGAGGCUGAGAGAGAGAUGGAGAAGCAACGGCAGCUCCAGGAAGCAGAAAAUAUUCGCUUGAGGGAAACAGAGGCAAAAAGGGAAUUUGACAGAUGGAAAGAAGAAGAAAGGAUGAAGCUUUACCAGGAAAUAGAUAAUUUGAAGCAAUUGCUUCUAAAUGAAUUCAAGAGUGUUGCUAGUCAGAACUCUAUGCUAGAAGAAAAACUCCAAGUAUUACAAAACCACACUGUUGUAGAGUCCUGCCUUGGAACACUGAGGGAUGAUGACUCUGAAGACCAACAGAAACAGGCAAAGGAAGUACAAGAGAUGAAGGAGAAGCUUGAAAAUCAGAAAUUAACAUGGAAGAGAAAGUUAAAGGACCUACAGGAAGAACAUAUGGCAGAAAAGAAAAGGUUGAAGGAUGAAAAUGAAAGGCUCCGAGUCUCCUUGUCUCAGGAUCAACGGAAAGCUGCAGACCAUUUUCAACGCCAAAUGGAUUCACUCAAUGCCAAGUGCCAAGAUCAGGCCAACAUCAUUAAAUCCCAGGAAGAAAUGAUUAAAAGGAUGUCUCUCAGAAAGGAAGAAGUGACCCAUCAAGUAACAAAGGCAGAAGACACAGAAGAGGAUUCCACGCAAGAAGAAUUGGAAGACUCCUUAGAUAGAAAGCAGAAAGUGUUGGAAGCACUGAGAAGGAACCCUAAUUUACUGAAGCAGUUUCGGCCAAUUUUAGAGGAAACCCUCGAAGAAAAACUGGAAAGCAUGGGACUAAAAAGGGGUACAAAGGGAAUAUCUGAUCAGACUCACAGAAAUCUGGACUCAAUAUUAAAAACCCACCGAGAACAAAAAGCCAAAAGGUUUUCAGAACUCUUGAAACUAAGGGACAAGCUUAUCAAGGAGGUGGCUCAAAAAAUCAUUGAAAGGCAGCAGAAUGAAAGUACACUGUUACAGCCUGCUAAGGUGGCUGUAGUCAAAAGUCAGAAGGGCUCAUCGUCCACAAGAGAAGCUCAGCAGAAAUCCAGAACACUGCGAGUUGAAUCACAGUCUCAACGAACAGUGUCACCUAAGCCAACAACAUCUCAGGGCAAAGUCAGUCAUGUCCCUGCCACACCACAGAUACCAGUCCCAACUCCACGGAGCAAAGUUUAUGGUCCUCCUGGUCCUCCUGUUUCCCCUCGGCCUGGACUGAGCACCCCACCUUUCACAUCUGAAGAUGAUUCAGAAAGAGACCGUAUUUCCUAUUCAAAUCUUCAGGCUCCUUCUAAGAUGGCUGUUAAAGAUGACAAUGAUUGGGAUUGGUCCGAUACUGAAACUUCUGAUGAGAAAGCCCCUGAGCCUAUUUUGGCAAGUUCUGGUGGACUAACUUCCACAGGGACUCGAGUCCAGUCAAUGGCCAAAACUCUAGAAAAACAGCUAAUUGCUCCUGGGAAGAAGCCUACUGGAGGAGUGAACCUUUUCUCAGCUUCAGAUACUGGACCAUCUAAAACAACCAUCUCAGCAAAGAAGGCCCAGUUUUCUGAAGAUGACAGUGACUUAGAUAUCUCCUCGUUGGAAGAAAUUCUUCAGGAUUUAGAUAUGAAUGAGAAGAAAAAACAGCCACAGAAUUUGUCCUGGUCUCAACCAGUUGAGAAGCGUGGCAGGGUCUCCACAGAUUCCCAGAGCACCAGUGUCUGGAGUUCAAGUAGCCCCAGGGUUGCGGGCUGGUGAUUUGCACGGACAUGCCUCCAGCUUGUCAGGGAGAUGGUGCUGUCCCAUUGACAACUUCCCAAGGGCAACUAGGAGUACCCAUUUCACACAUCUUACAUCUUACCCGUUUAGUUGGCAUCUUUCUUUAUAUUAUCACCUCCAUUUCCUCUCUAAUUCAAUCCAAUAAACAUUUAUUAAAUACCUGUUAUGUAUCA